AUGUCAAAUGUCUCACUCAACAGUACACUCGGUGCGUUCGUUAUUGGUGCUGUUUUGGGAAACAUUCUCUUUGGCAUAACGUGCCUUCAAUCGUCAUUGUAUUACGGAAAUUACCCGAAUGACGGACUCAAUACUGAUGAUGUUGCUGAUGACGAGCAGGUAGGGAUUAUCUGGGUCCUAGAUACUAUCGACAUUGCAGCUACCACCCAUGUUUGGUAUUUCUAUUCUGUCAAGAACUUCGGGGAUGUUCAAGCUUUUACUCAAGGUACCAUCGUGUGGAGUUUUAAGCUGCAUAUCUUGAUUUGUGGUGUAUGCGCUAUGCUUAUGGAAACGUACAUUCACAUACAAUUAGUGGGAAAACACUUUUACAACGCGACUGGCAUACUGUGGUUCAUCGUUGUGGGAUAUCUUUCGGUUCCUAGCUUCUCCCAAACACCGUCCAUCAGGAACGCUCUCAUCUCGUUGUUUUCCACUAGCGUAGCAGCCGAGUUCAUCUUGUCGGUUGCGAUGAUCUACAUUCUGAAUAAGGGCAGGACCGCUUCAGUGUUUCCCGGCAUCAUUGCGACACUUGUAACAUUAAUGCAGUUGGUUCUAAUAUCAGGGUUAGCUACGAGCUUGUAUUCGAUGUUCAUUCUGGUUGCGGUAUUAUCCAUGUUUGUCGUUUGGCCAGAUACUCUCAUAUUCUUCGGCGUCGAUUGUUUACAACCUAAAAUCUUCAUUAACUCUCUGUUGGCUAUGCUGAAUGCAAGGAAAAUGAUUCGAAAUGUGGAUCAAUCCAUCCGCCUACAAACGAGUGACUCCUCUGGAUUGGCUCCCGAAUGUGUACGGGACCACUGUAGGAAGGAUAAACUAGUCGACCGCCUACUCUCGGUUAUGCGCCAACUAGACUACACGUCUCCUGCACACCGAGGCAAAGGGAUAACAGGACUAGUAAUGAACGGACGAACAAUUAUGAACGAGAUCAAGAAAGGUCGCGCACCACCGCAUCCUAGGAAGCGCGUUCGUAGUGGGUUUUCUGGAGUCCGGAAAAAAAACUGGAAGGGCAUCAUGUGA